GAAGUGAAGUUUUUCGCCCCCUCCCCCUCCCUGCCCACCUCCUGCAGCCUCCCGCGGCCGGCGGAGCUGGCGGAUGGAGCUGCGCUGCGGCGGCAUGGGGAGCCAGACGGUGGGGCGCAGGAUGGAUGGGGACAGCCGAGAUGGCGGCGGCGGCUGCAAGGACGCCGGGUCGGAGGACUAUGAGAACCUGCCGACCAGCGCCUCCUUAUCCACCCACAUGACAGCCGGAGCGAUGGCCGGGAUCCUGGAGCACACGGUCAUGUACCCGGUAGACUCGGUGAAGACACGAAUGCAGAGUUUGAAUCCAGAUCCCAAAGCCCAGUACACAAGCAUCUACGGAGCCCUCAAGAAAAUCAUACGGACUGAAGGCUUCUGGAGGCCCUUGCGAGGGCUCAACGUGAUGAUGAUGGGCGCAGGGCCGGCCCAUGCCAUGUAUUUUGCCUGCUAUGAGAACAUGAAAAGGACUUUAAAUGCUGUUUUCCAUCACCAAGGAAACAGCCACCUAGCCAACGGGAUAGCUGGGAGUAUGGCCACCCUGCUCCACGAUGCAGUAAUGAACCCAGCAGAAGUUGUGAAGCAGCGCAUGCAGAUGUACAACUCGCCGCACCGCUCGGCCCUCGGCUGCGUCCGGGUCGUUUGGAGGACCGAGGGCUUGAGGGCCUUCUACCGGAGUUACACCACGCAGCUGACCAUGAACAUUCCCUUCCAGUCCAUCCACUUCAUCACCUAUGAGUUCCUGCAGGAGCAGGUCAACCCUCACCGGGGCUACAACCCGCAGUCCCACAUCAUCUCAGGUGGGCUGGCCGGGGCCCUGGCCGCGGCCGCCACCACCCCCCUGGACGUCUGUAAGACCCUCCUCAACACUCAGGAGAACAUGGCCCUCAACCUGGCCAACAUCAGCGGCCGGCUGUCGGGCAUGGCCAACGCCUUCCGGACGGUGUACCAGCUCAACGGCCUGCCCGGCUACUUCAAAGGCAUUCAGGCCCGCGUCAUCUACCAGAUGCCUUCCACUGCCAUCUCCUGGUCCGUCUAUGAGUUUUUCAAGUACUUCCUCACCAAGCACAAGCUGGAGAAUCGAACUCCAUACUAAAGGAACAGGCUGUGGGCAGUGAUUCCAGAAUCUUGUAUUUUUCAAAGGUUUUCCCUGCCUGCUUCCACGCCCUCACUCUCACACCAAGAUUAUUUUCGCAGGGUGUUCUCAGGGUGGGCCUUCGGUCCCCCGACGCCUUACAGAGAGGAGAGGAUGGGACAGCCGCUUUCCAGGAGGCCGUCCCAUCCGCAGGGACAUCCGAGGUGGUGGUAGGUGGGGAAUGACUUUGGAAGGGGAAUGUCUUCCUCUUUCCUCCCCUGAGAGGAAUGUAGCUUUUCAGCUUCACUGGGGCAGGCCCCUCCCUAGAAUCAGGUCACAUGGGAGGCAAGAAAACGUGCAGUGACUGAACACAUUAAAGCAAAAAGCAAACAAAAUUAUGUAUAUAAAAGUUCCAGGACACAGGAUAAAAUAGAUGGAUAAUGUUUAUUCUUUAUUUUUCUAUGUAGAAGUUUUUGGGUUUGUGUGUGUGUGCCUGUAUGCGUGUACGACUAAGUGUGACAGCUGGGACUGCAGAGCUGUUUUUAGAAACAAGGGCUGAAUUCUUCCAUCGGCUUGAGUAAAAAGGCACCAAAGUCAUACGUUGCUCAGUGUGGCCUGAAGUUGUGUUGAGCCCCCAAAUGGAAGUUUCACUUGAAUGUAAAAUAGUAAAUAAAAGUUUAUAUUUUGAA